CGGGCGUAUGUUGGGAGAAGGGGGUGGACAUUUCGGAUUAGAGGGUCAGUUGCCAGCCCCAUUCUUAAUUCAGUUGCAGUUUGUGUUGCUGGCUGGAAGGAAUCUGUUCUUCUUUGAUCACCACUAUGGCAGAACUUACGCUGUACCUGGACCUGUUCUCCCAGCCAUGCCGCUCCGUGUACAUCUUCGCUAAGGCUAACAACAUCCCAUUCAUCCGUAAAGACAUACUGCUUUUUAAAGGGGACCACUUGAGUGAAGAUUUUUUGAAGGUGAAUUCACUACAUAAGGUUCCAGCUCUCAAACAUGGAGACUUCACAAUGGCUGAGAGCACUGCAAUGCUGCUUUAUAUGGCAAAUGAGUAUAAGACCCCUGAUCACUGGUAUCCAUCUGACAUUAAGAAGCGUGCCCGUGUUGACGAAUAUCUUGCUUGGCAGCAUACAAAUACACGUCCACUUGGAUCAAAACUAUUUUGGAUCAAGGCAAUGACUCCUUAUCUUCUGGGUCAUGAAGCCACACCUGACAAGCUGGAUCCUGCGGUGGCUGAGUACAAUAACACCUUGAAGAAUAUAGAAGAAUACUUUUUACAGGACAAACCCUUUCUGGCUGGUGAUGAGAUCUCUAUCGCUGACCUGGUGGCUAUUGUGGAGAUUAUGCAGCCAGUUGGAGCGGGAAUUGAUGUUUUUGAAGGCAAACCAAAGUUGUCAGCCUGGAAGCACAGAGUGGAGGAGGCAAUUGGGGCUGAGCUCUUCAAUGAAGCACAUGAAGCUGUACUGCAUGCCAAAGAUAUGAAGAAUCGGCCCAUUCCCCCAGAACUUAAGGAGCGACUGAAAGACAGACUGCGCCAUUUCACUUCCUGAUGGAAUUGUUCUGAAGGAUGAGGGCUACAGGCCUGCAAUUAAGCAACUGCCUCGUUGCCAUAUGUUGGCAUUUACAACAUGUCUACAGUAGGAACAGUUUGGAAAUAAACAUCUCUGAAAAGCCUG